GCUCUCACCAAUGACUGCAAGAUCUCUCCUUUUUCUUGCCCCUUGUCCCAAACUUGCACACAACUCUCUCUCUCUCUCUCUCUCUCUUUCUCUCUCUAGCCGGUCUUGCUUGACCUCGAACCCCGUCCACACACGGUUCUUGGAAAUACGGAAACAGAGUUUAAAGAACCAGAAAUCGGCUUUGUUCCGAAAUGAAAGAGAGCUGAGUUGUUGUUGAGCCUUUUCUUUUGAUCGUUGAAUCGAAGUUGGGCACGGCCAGGGACUUUGUGUUUUGGGUUGGUGGUGAUCAUGAUUCAUGAGCUCUGCUUUAAGAGAAGAGAGAAUAGAGACGAGAGAGCUUUAUCUCUCUGAUUUUUUUUUACAGUCCUGGGUUUAAUCAUUGAGUUUCCCUUCUUUUUUCUGGGUUAAUGUGUUUGGAGCUUCUUUGGGUCAGAGGCUUCAUCAGAGCUGUUAGGUAGAAAGGAGAAAAAGAGAGAGAGAGAGAGAGAGAGAAAAAACAAAAUGAAAAAGGCAGACGAUUGACCGGUAGCUGAGCAAAGCUUAGCGAGAGCAGCAGCAAGGUGUGACCGAAACCCUAGAAAGAUAGGAACUUUCUUUUGCCCUUUUUCUGUGUUUUUUUCCCCUUUAUUUUUUGGUCUGGGAGGAAUUGGAAUUUGCCUCCCAAGAUAAAUGAACUUGGAUUUUGCCCCUUCUCUUGUCCAUUAGGUUGAAUCCAAAAGCCAUCCGACACACACCCAAAUUUUUUUUUUAGAGCCUCCUUAGAUAUGCCUACAGACCUGGACAAUUCAUCCACAGCUUCAGGCGAAGCAAGUGUCUCGUCUUCUGGCAAUCAGCCACCGCCACAACCACCGCCACCACCUGCCACCACCAAGAAAAAGAGGAAUCUCCCUGGAAUGCCCGAUCCAGAUGCAGAGGUUAUAGCUCUGUCUCCCAAGACCCUAUUGGCCACCAACAGGUUCGUGUGCGAAAUCUGCAACAAGGGUUUUCAGAGGGACCAAAACCUGCAGCUCCACAGGAGAGGCCACAACCUGCCAUGGAAGCUGAGGCAGAGAUCAGGCAAAGAGGUGAAGAAGAGGGUCUACGUGUGCCCUGAACCCACUUGCGUUCACCACCACCCCACGCGAGCGCUCGGCGAUCUGACCGGGAUAAAGAAGCAUUUCUGCAGGAAACAUGGCGAGAAGAAGUGGAAAUGCGACAAGUGCUCGAAGAAAUACGCCGUGCAGUCCGAUUGGAAGGCCCAUUCCAAAAUCUGUGGCACCAGAGAGUAUAAAUGUGACUGUGGAACUCUGUUCUCAAGGAGGGAUAGCUUCAUCACCCACAGGGCUUUCUGUGAUGCUUUAGCUGAGGAGAGCGCGAAGGCUCAUCAGACUCAGGGUCAGGGACCGGGUCAGGGCUCGGCUCCGGUUAAGCCCAACACGGAGGCCGAUCUGAAAGUCCAGAACCCUGCCUCUCCUCUUCCUCCUCUUCCUCCUCCUCAAGCAUCUGCUCCACCAGCUAUACAGUCUUCAUCUGCUGUGUUGUCCACAGUUUUGGCUGAUCAAACAGCAGGGAUGCAAGAGAACCCAUCCCAAAUUCUCGAUGAGCCACCAGUGACUAGCAGCUUGAUAGGGAGCUCUAGCAGCAGCACGAGCUCUAGCAGCAAUGGCAAAACAAGCACUAGUGUCAUUGCAGGCUUGUUUGCUUCCUCAACUCCGUCCUCAACCUUACAGCCCCCGCAACAGAGUACUCCUUAUGCUGACCUGAUUCGUGCUGCGGCACCUGCUGACCGCUCUGUUGACCCUGGGCCUGCCUCAUCCGUUGAACCAAUUUCCCUCUGCCUCUCCACGAAUCACGGGUCCUCUCUUUUUGGCAGUGCAGGGCAGGAGCGUCGGCAAUAUGCUCCUGCUCCACAACCGGCUCUUUCAGCCACUGCGCUUCUGCAGAAGGCUGCUCAGAUGGGUGCAACUGCAACCAAUGCAUCGCUGCUUCGUGGGCUCGGGAUUGUCUCUUCCUCCACCUCAUCAGGCCAACAAGAGAACUUACAGUGGAACACUAGUAACAUGGAGCACGGAAAUGCCUCUGUUGCUGCUGGACUUGGGCUAGGGCUUCCUUGUGACGGGAAUUCAGGUCUGAAGGAACUAAUGAUGGGGACUCCAACCAUGUUUGGCCCGAAGCAUCCUACUUUAGAUUUUCUCGGAUUGGGGAUGGCAGCUGGCGGCAACCCGAGUGGUGGUUUCUCGGAUCUUAUGACCUCUAUAGGUGGUGGUCUUGACAUGGCGGCAGCGGCAGCGGCAGCAUCGUUCAGCAGUGGAGACUUUGUCGGCAAGGACAUUGGACAGAGCUCGUGAACUUGAUGAGAAGUGGCAGGGAAUUAGUAUGUACAGGUGCAUAUUGCCCUUAAAGAAUAUAUGUUGCAGAAGAAAACCAUCUAAGAACUAUCGAGAAAACACUUUUCCUUGGAUGGAAGUUGGAAGAAAAGCUGCUGUUGACGUGAAAGAUUCCAUAGAAAACUAAAUUCUGGGGUGACUUCUAUUUUCCCCUGUGAAUCUGUGAUAUGUUGUUGAAGGUACGAGCUAUGUCAAAUGUGAUCAGAUGAUGUUUUAAGUUUGCUCGAGCUUAGCAGUAGAACAGCAGCAUAGAACUCUGUGAGUUGAAUAUGGGUAGCUACAUUAAUCCGUCUCGCAGUAACACAUCUCGAUGUAUUAGUUUUGCCAUUUCAUUUGUUGUUCAAUGUAAAGAAGCCUUAAAAAUAGUGAAGAUUUGUUAUUUCGCCAUGAA